UCUUUUGAGAAAGUAGCACCGGAACGAGAUGAGGUCCCACACAAGAUGUAGGAGGGGGCCAAGAGGGCCACACUUCAACUGAUUUCUUAACCAACUCACGACGAGUGCGGAAACAGUGUAAGAACCACCACCAACACAUGACGCAUUACAUUCCAAAGCAAUAUCCAAAAAGGAAAUAAUCGAUUACCAAUUUUCGAUCAAAUCAAAACGCGCGUUUCCGUUUUCUCACUCACCAAACAAAAACUAAAAAACGAUAGAAAAUCAGUGAAAAAUCAUUCACUAUGGGAAUUCCUCAAGCCAUGGUCGCUCUCCGAGAAAGAGCAUCGUUCGUGAAAGACUCUCUCCAUCGAAGCCAAACCAUCACCGAUAACAUGGUCUCCAUUCUCGGCUCCUUCGAUCACCGUCUCUCCGCCCUCGAAACCGCAAUGCGUCCCACUCAGAUAAAAACGCAUUCGAUUCGAAGUGCUCAUGAUAAUAUUGAUAAGACUUUGAAAGCUGCGGAGGUGAUUUUGACGCAGUUUGAUCAGACACGCAAGGCGGAGGCUAAAAUACUGCGAGGGCCUCAUGAGGAUCUAGAAAGCUAUUUGGAAGCAGUUGAUCAGCUUAGAGCUAAUGUUCGUUUCUUCAGCAGCAAAAAGAGUUUCAAAAGCAGUGAUGGUAUCAUCAACCAUGCAAACAGCUUGCUUGCUAAAGCUAUUUUAAAGCUAGAAGAUGAAUUUAAACAUCUUUUGACAAAUUACAGCAAGCCUGUGGAACCUGAUCGCCUUUUUGACUGCUUACCUAACUCUCUAAGGCCAUCAGCUUCUGGGCAGCAGAGCGGUGGUGGUGGCAAAAACCAUUCAGACAAACCAAGCAUAGAAACUGUCACUUUCACUCUCCCAACUCUUAUUCCCCCCAGAGUUAUACCUCUGCUUUAUGAAUUAGCACAACAAAUGGUUCAAGCAGGCCAUCAACAACAGCUCUUUCGAAUCUAUACAGACACCCGUGCUGCAGUCCUGGAGCAAAGUCUAAGAAAGUUAGGUGUUGAGAGGUUGAGUAAGGAGGAUGUUCAAAAAAUGCAAUGGGAGGUUUUGGAGGCAAAGAUUGGAAACUGGAUUCAUUUCAUGAGGAUUUCUAUCAAAUUGUUGAUUGUGGGGGAAAAGAAAAUCUGUGAUCAAAUAUUUGAUGGUAAUGAGUCUGUAAAAACUCAAUGCUUUGCUGAGGCCACAGGCUGCAGUGUGGCAAUGCUUCUUAGUUUUGGAGAGGCUGUUGCCAGAAGCAAGAGGUCACCUGAAAAACUAUUUGUUCUUCUCGACAUGUACGAGAUAAUGAGAGAACUUCAACCAGAGAUUCAGAUACUGUUUGAUAGUAAAGUUUGCGCUGAAAUGCGGGAAGCUGCAAUCAAUUUGACCAAGCGGCUUGCUCAGACAGCCCAAGAAACCUUUGGUGACUUCGAGGAAGCAGUUGAAAAAGAUGCUACCAAAACUGCUGUGCAAGAUGGAACUGUCCACCCUCUAACCAGCUAUGUCAUCAAUUACGUGAAAUUUCUCUAUGAUUAUCAAGCAACUCUGAAGCAACUUUUUCAAGAGUUUGAUCCUGGCGAUCCAGAAGCUCAGUUAGCUUCUGUUACAACUAGGAUUAUGCAGGCUCUCCAGAAUAACUUAGAUGGAAAAUCUAAACUAUAUAAGGACCCAGGACUAACCCAAUUAUUUCUUAUGAACAAUAUCCAUUACAUAGUGAGAUCUGUGAGAAGGUCAGAGGCAAAGGACAUGUUGGGGGAUGACUGGGUACAAAUACACAGAAGAAUUGUGCAGCAACAUGCAAAUCAAUAUAAAAGGAUCUCUUGGGCAAAGAUCUUGCAGUGCCUCACUGUCCAAGGAACUAAUUCAUCUGGUGGAGGGGACAGCGGAAUUUCAAGAACAGCAGUUAAAGACAGGUUCAAGACAUUUAACGCUCAGUUUGAGGAGCUUCAUCAGAGACAAUCUCAGUGGACUGUUCCUGAUAGUGAGUUGCGCGAAUCACUUAGAUUGGCUGUUGCCGAAGUUCUGUUGCCUGCCUAUAGAUCUUUCCUUAAACGUUUUGGGCCCAUGAUUGAGAAUGGCAAAAAUCCUCAAAAAUACAUCAGAUACUCUCCUGAGAAUCUUGAACAAAUGCUCGGUGAAUUUUUCGAAAGCAAGGCAUGGAGUGAACAGAAGCGAUAAAAAUAGUUUCAUAGAUCACUGUGUGAAUUUUUCAAAAGUGAGGCGUGGAGUGAACAGAAGCGGUGAAAUUAGUAUCAUAGAUCACUGUUUUGCAAAUGUCUUUUUCUCCUUCCUAUCUCCUUUUCUUCCUACUUGUUAGAGGGCGCUCAAUUGGUAAAUUGCCAUCAAAAAGUUCAGGCAGGAGUUCUUUUUUACGGACUGGAUCGUAGCCAUGUGAUAUUUUGUUCAUAUGACAUUUUUGACUGGACAUAUGUUCAAUGAUAAUCACAAUAUAAACUGUCUUAAUUGUUGAUAAUUCAAAAUUUUCAAAAAAACAA